AGGGAGGGGAAGAAACUUUGCUACCUUCAUUUUUCCUUUCUUUGAUAAGCUUAAUGGAUACCUCAAUUUUUGAUUAACAAACUGGCUGGAAUUUUUCCAUGUUUUAAGAUUUGUAAUAUGUUUCCAAAUGAUAAACAUAGUUCAAUUUAUCACCUACACAACCAAGCUUAAAAAACAAUUACAAGUCUACCACUAAAUAAAAACAUACUUGUAUUGUUUGGGUUUUUCUUGUUUAUGAUACAUCUGAUAGCAUGAUAACUCUGAAAUGAAACUGAUAGUUUCAUACACCAGAUCGUCAUAGGAUAACAGAAAUCAAGUAUGUCUCAUGUUACAACUUCAGCCUUGUUACUGUUAGAUAUAAAUAGCAAAAUUUCUAACCGUGGUCCCAGACAAAAAAAGUCUGCACUACAGAACAAGAGUACUUUGAAGAUUAGGUGCUGACAUCUUGUGACUGCUGUUUGAAGUUUCUGAAGUGUUUGAAUGUUUGAAGUUGUUUGAAGAAUCAGGAACUUAACACACAAAAAUAUUUUGUUGUAAAAAGAAAUAAUAAUAAGAUACAGUGCUAUUAAGCAUUGUCUGAUAUAAUGUGGAAAAAAUAAAAGGGCAAAAUAUAACUGCAGCUCUACGAGCUUUUCCUUUACGUUAUUUUUACCUUACUAGUUACUGCUAACAAGCACACGGUAUUAGCCAAUUCUCUAACAAACUGAGAGCUUUGAAUUAGAAGACAGUAGUUGGGAUCUUGUGAAGACAGGAUUCAGACAAUAACGAACAAGUGUUUCAAUCCACAUGACAUUUAAACUUGUUGAGCCAGGCUACCUGUCAACACUACUUCAGUUACAGAUAUAAACGGUCUUGAUAUAUCACAAAGCAAGAAAAAUAAUAAGAAAAUGCCCUUGUAUUUUCAGUUUAAUUGCAUCUAAUUUGAGCAAACCCAAGAACCAAAGACAAAAACUGUCUUAAUUUCAAGAGCUAAUCCAGUAAUCACUUUUUAUAGUUUUAACAUUGAAAUAGAGGUUUUUGGACAGUUUAUGCCAUUUAUUUGCAAGUAGCUCAGUGCGUUUCUUGCUAACACGCACCAAGCCUCGCUCUCUCUGAAAAAAAAAAUUCACAACUUUGUAAACAUAAAAAAAAAUCUGCAAUAAUGCACAACAUACUAGCCAAUCAGUCAAUAGUUUCGAUGCAAACUGGCUUAGUUUAUCAUUUCAGUGUGUUUUUGUUUAUUUUGCUACCUAUUGGAAAGCAUUAUGUGGAUUAAUGGUUUUCUGCAAUCAGUAUUUAGAUCUAUCUUACAGUACAUGCCUAUUUAAAAUCCAUCUUUUAUACGGUUAUUAUAAUCGUUUUUCCAAAUCAAAGUAUAAAUCAUACAGCAGAGUUAGAAUGCUCCAUCGUGACAAGAUUCCACGCCAUUGUAACCAAGUGCUGCUGGACAAGAAGGCCCUGGGGUCACCACCCCUCUGAGCUGAUCCUGGAUCACAUUUAGGAUGGAAGAACAACACAAAGCUACAAACACCAAACAGGCUUUUCCCAUUUGCGCGCUGCUUUGGCACAAAAGAAACAAAGACCUCUCUGUUCACAGCCGCAUAAAAACAGGAGAAAAAGCUAUUCCCUGUGUCAGUCCUAAAACAUUAAUCUAACUUCACAGUUCACCUUUAGAAUUUACUAUAGCAAAUAAUCUUCGGUGUAUUAAAAACAGUGUGAUCCUACAGUGUGAAUGACAUCAAGACAACAAUGUGCCUCAGGUUUUGAGAAGAAAGUUUCUAAACUUCAGGGCAGGUUUACAGUCCCGCUCAUGGCAACUAUAAUAAUAUUAGACUUUUCCUGAAAGUGCUGUUGCACAAAUAAAUAUUCUGCAAGUCUUCCCUUUCUACAGAAUAGAAAACACUCAGAAACCAUUAAAAUCAACAACAUUGUCAUUCUUUGCCACGCUUUACUUUUAUCAUUAUUACUAAGUGACAAUAAGUUUCAAUAGCUUUUUCCAGAGAAGUUUUGCAAAUUGUCUCCAAUGUACACACGCUUUGGAAAGGCAUGGAGUACAUUUAAAAUAAACAUACUCUGAUUUUUUUCAUCUAUUUGCUUGUAAUACUACACUUCUAUGUUCUUUCCUCACUCCCAUUUAAGCUAAAGGAAACUGGAAGGACAGUUUAAACUAUCUCAAACAAAUACCAAACUCAUUUCAACAAGAAUUCUGUUCGUAUAAAAAAAAUGUAAUGAUGAGUCAGAUGGCUUCUAAAUCACAUUAGUGGCAGAAUGCCUUAAAAGGCUAAGAAAUCAUAACUGUAAUUAUAUAUGUGAGGAAGAGAAGAAAACUUCCUAGCUAAGCCACCAGACUACCUGUCAAACAGACAAAGGAUGCAGCGUGUACAAGUUUAUUACCACAGUUAACUAUGAGCCCUGGAGUCAACAGUCCAAAGCUACAGAAAUGCAGGACUUCCCUGUUUAGGAAUCUUCAGGCAAGACAAUUUGCUACUGAGCAAGUGAAUUUAAAAUAUAUUUCACUAUCAAGUAAAAACAAUGUACUCUUCCCUAGAAGAUAAAAACAAUAACUGCAGAUAUUUCUAAAUAAAGAAUAAAUUUAACUGAACACCUUACAGUCUACUGCUUCCUCAUUCUAUAUAUUCUGAUGCUCAGAAAGAAAACGUGAAAAUUGAAAGCUUCAUUAUUCUUGUUAGACUUCUCAUCUCUGAUUUAUUCAGCAUGUGACAAUUUAUCACAAAAGACUGCACAGAUUAACUUAAUCACUGAGAAGAAGUACUAGAUCUCGUAAGAGAAUUCUCUGACCAGAAAAUUGAAAUACCUUUCUACCUAACCAUGAACACAGCUGGUGUAAAAAAAAAAAAAAAAAAGAAAAAAAGAAAGAUGAAAACUGAUUAAAUUCUGAUAAAAAUAUUUUAAAAUAGCAAAUAAAAGGCAAAACUAAGAUUUGCUUUAAGUUUGCUGUCACUAGUCAUAGAAUCACCUAAGUUGGAAAAGGCCUUUAAGAUCACCCAGUCCAACUGUCCACCUAACACCAACAUUUCCCACUAAAUCACGUCCCUCAGUACAACAACUGAACAUUUCAUGCUUCAAAAGGCAUAAAUCUCAAAGUGUAAUGCACUGAACUGUCAUUUUUUUUUCACUCAAGUUAUCAGUUUAAAAGACAACUUGGUCAUAGACUCUGUUUCACAACUCAUUAUUCUUGAUUUACAACAAGAAAAAUACCCUAAAAUCUAACUUACUUUACAAAUUAUGGUACUAUGAGGACACUGAAAAAUUCAUAGACAUAUAUUCAGGAGAAGCACGGCUGUUUAUGAGGGUGGACAGUGAUAGGACAGGGAAUGGCUUUAAACUCAGGGGAGGUUUAGGUUGGCUAUUAGGAGGCAGUUUUUCCCGCAGAGGGUGGUGAGGCACUGGCACAGGCUGCCCAAGGAGGCUGUGGAUGCCCCAUCCCUGCAGGCAUUCAAGGCCAGGCUGGAUGUGGCUCUGGGCAGCCUGGGCUGCUGGUUGAUGACCUGCACACAGCAGGGCGUUGGAGCUGGAUGAGCACUGUGAUCUUUUUCAACCCAGGCCACUCUAUGAUUCUAUGAUUCCCUUCACACUCCUGAAAAAAGUGUCUACGCUUUAAAAUUGCAGUAUGAAGAAAAAAAUAUGCAAAUGCAUCUUGAAAAGUCUUCUUUUGGAGGAAUGCAUAUUGCCUUCAGGAGUUAUUAUCAUAUUUCCCAUCUUCCAGUUCACUGUUUGACCACUCCUUAAUUACUUAACCAGACACAAACUAAACUUACUAGAAGUACUAAAACUAAGUUAGAUUACUGUGAUCAGCCCAGGUGAAAGAAACGCUACAAACAUGACAGAACUGGGCCACGAGUUCACGUUCAACAGCCACGGAGAUGAGCCCCUCACAGCAGCGAACUCCUAACGCAUCUCAGCAGAGACGGCAGACAACAUCUGCAGUCACGCAUUUAGAAGUGAACAACCUUCACGGCCAGCUCCACCAGGCGAGCCCUAGUCAGCGGCAACAACCAGGUAAAGUUAAAUAAAAAUUCAAGACUAUUUAAAAGUAGCUUUAAAGCACCAAACCUGUUUGAGUUACCAUCUCAGAACAACGUAACGGCACUCCGCGCGCGCCGCAGCCCUCAACUCGCUCGGAGACGAGCGCCACGCGCCACGCGCCACGCGCCGUGCCGCGCACGUGCACGGCCCGCCCGUCCCACCACCACAGAGCAUGCCGCAGCACAGCUUUGCUUGUCGGAGCGUUGGCGCGAACGCUCGAAGCGGCUCAGGUAGCCCCGCCCCUCCCCGUCGCCAUCCUCGGCCCCGCCCCGUGAGAGGAUGGAGGGGGCCGCGGCCGGUGUGGUGCCGGGAAGAGGAAGCGCUGGAACGCUCUCGGGCGGCGGCGGCGGCAGGCGGGGUCACGAACUCUGACCUUUCACAGGGCCCUGACAAAUAACACAGAACCUCCCCCCCCCCCCCCCCUUCCCACACACGCACUCCCCCCUCCCAGUAAUACAGUUCUACCCCCUCUACCCCUCCGCGGACCCCGUUAAGGUCCCGCUGCCGCCGCCCCUCGUGGCGGGGUUUGGGCCGCCUCUGGGCACCGCCAACAACGCCGGCCCGCCCGGGCCCGGCUCAGGGGCACCACCGGGGCACGCUUGGCGCCAAUUCCUGAGGUUUUCUAAUGAUCUUGCUUCACCAUGGCAACCAAUAUGGAGGUGCUGGCUCAGCAGGUAAUGGAGACUCAGCAGGUGGCUGAGGAAAUGCACCGUGGUAACAUAGUGUGAUGGUUGUAUCUUGCCACUGGAGAGAUCGCUUCAUCCCAAGAAUUUAUGAAGCUCUGUGAUUUCUUCCUAGCCGGUACAAACUAUUCAGAAUUCACUAUCUGAUUCUCCAGUGAUGACCAGCCCUUCCCAGCGUAUCCAGAUUAUUUCCACAGAUUCCUCUGUAGGCUCACCACAGCGCAUUCAGAUUGUGACUGAUCAGCAGACAGGUCAAAAAAUCCAGAUAGUGACAGCAGUCGACUCAUCUGUGUCUCCAAAGCAACAGUUUAUUUUAGCCAGUCCAGAUGGAACUGGUGCGGGAAAGGUGAUUUUGGCAGCACCUGAGACAUCUAAUGCCAAACAACUUAUCUUUACCACCGCAGACAACAUUGUGCCAGGCAGAAUUCAGAUAGUGACAGACUCUGCUUCGGUGGAACGUUUGCUGGGAAAAGCUGAUGUUCAGCGGGCCCAGGUAGUAGAAUAUUGCGUGGUCUGUGGUGAUAAAGCAUCAGGUCGUCACUAUGGUGCUGUCAGUUGUGAGGGAUGCAAGGGUUUCUUUAAAAGGAGUGUGAGGAAGAAUCUGACCUACAGUUGUCGUAGCAACCAAGACUGUAUCAUCAAUAAACACCAUCGGAAUCGCUGCCAAUUCUGUAGGCUUAAGAAAUGUCUAGAAAUGGGCAUGAAAAUGGAAUCGGUUCAGAGUGAAAGAAAGCCUUUUGAUGUGCAGCGUGAAAAACCAACCAACUGUGCAGCUUCCACUGAAAAAAUAUAUAUUAGAAAAGACCUACGAAGCCCUCUAAUAGCAACUCCAACAUUUGUUGCAGAUAAAGAUGGGGCACGGUCUGCAGGUCUUCUUGAUCCAGGAAUGCUUGUGAAUAUUCAACAACCUCUGAUCAGGGAUGAUGGUACCAUCCUCCUAGCUGCUGACUCUAAAGCUGAGACAAGCCAGGGUGCUUUAGGAACACUAGCAAAUGUUGUAACAUCUCUUGCUAAUCUCAGUGACUCACUAAAUAAUGGAGAUACUUCUGAAAUUCAACAAGAAGAGCAAUCUGCCAGUGAAAUUUCACGGGCAUUUGAUACUUUGGCCAAAGCACUCAAUACCACAGAUGGUACAGCAGCUCCUAACUUGGCGGAUGGAAUGGAUCCUACAGGAGGAGGGAAUAUUCAUGUAAUUAGUAGAGAUCAGUCAACGCCAAUUAUUGAAGUGGAAGGACCCUUACUUACAGAUACGCAUGUUACAUUUAAGCUGACAAUGCCCAGUCCGAUGCCAGAGUAUCUUAAUGUACACUACAUCUGUGAGUCAGCAUCACGGCUACUUUUCUUAUCUAUGCACUGGGCUAGAUCCAUCCCUGCAUUUCAAGCACUUGGCCAGGAGUGUAAUACAAGCCUUGUGCGUGCCUGCUGGAAUGAGCUGUUUACCUUAGGCCUGGCACAGUGUGCGCAAGUGAUGAGUCUGUCAACUAUCCUAGCAGCUAUUGUCAACCAUCUUCAGAACAGCAUACAGGAAGAUAAGCUUUCUGGAGACAGAAUAAAGCAAGUCAUGGAACACAUCUGGAAACUUCAGGAGUUCUGUAACAGCAUGGCCAAGAUUGAUAUUGAUGGAUAUGAAUAUGCAUACCUUAAAGCUAUAGUCCUAUUUAGCCCUGAUCACCCUGGUCUGAACAGUUCAACCCAAAUAGAAAAAUUCCAGGAGAAGGCACAGAUGGAAUUGCAGGACUAUGUACAAAAAACCUAUCCAGAAGAUACUUAUAGGCUAGCCCGGAUUCUAGUUCGCCUGCCAGCACUUAGGCUGAUGAGCUCUAGCAUUACUGAGGAACUAUUUUUCACUGGUCUCAUUGGAAAUGUUCCAAUUGACAGCAUAAUCCCCUACAUUCUCAAAAUGGAAACAGCAGAAUACAAUGGUCAAAUAACUGGCACAUCUGCAUAGUGGGAGCAACACAAUUUGGAGGAUCAAAGUAAUUUUCACAGAAACGUACAGUUAAGAAGUUAAUAACAUUUUGGUAUGUACAAAUAUUUCCAACUUGUUACUGUUUCCUAUUGGAUUUGUCUUUGUCUGUUUGCUAACACCAACAAGAUUGAAGCAGCUAUUAAAAGAGCAGCUAUUGGACCUUUUCUGCCGUAAGGAGUAUUUCCGUGCCUUUCAUUCAGAAGGCUAUAGGUUGCUGAACGUACUUUUCACGUGAUUUGUAUUUAGAAAUUAUCACUGGUUAAAAAUAGAAUUUUAUAAUAUCGGAAAUGAGUAAUAAGAUUACUUUAAAACUAAAAAUGAACAGUAUAGGUAGAUUUAAAAAUAUCCUUGAAAUUAAUAUCUAAUAAUUGCCGGGGUAUAAUACUAGCACUUUGUAAGCACUUCUCAUCAAAGCGAUGAUAUCAACAUCCUGUGUAUGAGUAGGAAGGAUGAAAAAAUUGCAUAUGUCCUUAGUAAAAAUGCUAGUGAUGUCUGUGAAAAUGUAGAAUGCUACAGGAGACAAUCAUUCCAUGAAAAGUCACUUGCUUCUAUGUUAUACAUUAAAUAAUAAUGUGGAUUCUUGGAUAUCCAUGCUGUAAAGAACUAUACUGUUAAUUAGUGCAGUUGUUACUAACAGCAUGAAUUGAUUGUAGUGACUGCUACAUACUACAGAAAUGACCAAAACUAGGAGAAAAAAAAAGUUUCUUCAGUAAUGGAGAGUUCUUCAGGUUCCUUAAAGUUUCUGUUCAGCUCAAAAUUGGUGAUAAAUAUCAUCCUAAUAGGAAGCCUUUUGAUUGUGGAAAAUAAUCAGUCAUUAACUGGAAGAGCAGUUGUUUUCAAAUAGAGGUGCUCUUUUAGAAUGGUCUGUGUAUCUACAGACUUGCUCCUUCUAUCUGUACUCCUGCACACUCACUCAUCCAGAAAAACCUGGAAAAUUGAGAACCUCUGGCUGUCAACAAGAGUGCGUCAUAAAGCUCUCAAUUUUUUCUGCCCUCUUAUUAGACAAAGCACUUCCAGUUUUGCAGCGACUCCAGCUGCCUUGUGGCUCAGUUUGAGAAUGAAGUUGGGAUUUACCAUUUUAUGUACGGUUGCAGUUAAUGGCUGAUAUAGUGAUAAAACAAACGACUUUUUUAAUAAUCUAGAGUGAUGAGGCAUCAACAUGAUUUCUUGUACUGGUCAUUACCUGCUAGCAUUGCUUUUAGUUAAGUAUAAUUUAUUAUAAUUGACAUUAAGUAUUUUAAACCAAGUGUUUUGUUUCUUUAAAAAAAAAAAAUCACGGUGAAGACCUUCAUCUGAUCCUGACAUAUUAGAUGCAUCAAUUAGUUUAAUCAUUUGUAUAAUAGAGAUGUUCUCUAUUUACAUAAUCUUAUGUGACAGUAAUCUAAUGAGAAAUUCAGCACUUUUUUUUUUCUUCCACUAGUGACACUUAUUUAGGAACACUAACCAGGUUGGUGUUCAUGUCUUUUAAGUCUGAAUUGUAGCAAAGAUCUGAAGCAGGUCUACAUAAAGCUUCUGAUGUAAUAAAAAGCUCUGAACCUGGUAUACUUCUAGAUUCUCAUUAGGAGACUCACAUUUGUACAGCUCGUUAUGACACGAGUGUUACGUGACUGCAGAGGCUACGUAGUUCUAGCUUCUGGAUGCAUUAGGGUCUUGUACAGUCACCACUGUUAGAACAUUCAUGUUCUCUAAAGUGCGUAACAAGAAGUCUGGUAUACAUGUGGAGAUCUGUAAUACUGUACUUCUCUCUUAGCUUUUGCUGUAAUACUAGCAAAUGAAAUUAUACUUUUAAUGUGGUGGAAGGCCUGCAUUCUGAACCUUAAGUCAACUGGAAUGCAGGACUUAGUAGUAGUUGUUGCACUGCGGUAUGAUUUAGUGUGGUCAUGUCAGCACACCUGGUGCAGAGUCCCUGUUCUGAAGGUAUGAGAACUAAAAAUAGGAGCUUUAUCAACAACAGAAGCACUACCUACCUUGGAAAACUUUGUGGCUGGUUUUGUUAAAAUUGUAAAUUUUAUGGCAUCAUGUUACUGUUCUAAAAGUGGUAUACACUCAACUUGUGAUUGUUUUUGUUGCAAAAAAAAAAUCAUUUUCUUCCAAUACUUUGUAAAAAUCAUUUAAGCAACUAAGUAGGCAUUGUUAAAGAGAAAUGAAAUAUUCCUGAUCACAAGAGCUAGAGUCAAAGGUUUGGCGUGUGAAUGAGCUACUGAAAGCAAUUGCUGCCAAAUGAAACCAUAUUCUCCAGUGGGAAUAGGACUCCUUUUACACUAAAUUGCAAGUGUUAUCUGGCAGCAGAGCUAUUUUAGUUCAUUCAAUAAAUGUUUUUCUUUCCUUUACCUGUCCACUAAUAUAAGGUAGGUGUUCUAAAGAUGCAGAACUGACAAAGCGAUUCUUUCUGCCAGCAGUGAAGGUGUUCCUUGCCAGCAACGGCAGGAGACACAGGAAAUAAGGAAAAUAGAGCAGAUACAAUUUGUGAGAUCCAUGUUCAUUUUUCACCUUAUGGAAAUUGAGUUUUCAGGCCAAUCUAACAUAAGGCAGAACAGCAGGCAUGGUACAGCUGCAAGCUUAAGAGAAUUUUAAACUCAUUACCUAGAUUGCAGUUAAGCUGCAUCAUAGAUUCUGAUCCCCUAUAUUCCACCUAACGUAACAUAUUAUGUUAGGAAAAAAGUCAUUGGUACUGCAAAGAAUACUACAAGGCUAGUGUAGCUAGUGUCAUGACUGAGUUUGCCAGUGAGUGGAAAGCAGCUACUGACUAAUCUCAUUAACUUCUAAAUGAGUUUCGCUUUGUUUCUUUUUUGCAAGUGCAGCCUUUUGCUUGUAAAUAUGGAACAGGAUUUUAGAAUUCCUGAAAAAUGAUUUAUUGACUUCUAAGUAUGGAGAUAGCUUGUUUUCAUACAGGCCUAAUAAAGGCCAAACUUGUGUUUACAGAACUAGACUCAAAAAGUGGUUCCAAGAAAAGUGUGAUCUCACUGAAGCUCGACUUAGUGCCUAAAAUAUACAAUUCAAAAUCUUCCAGGUCCUGUUUCUGCUACUCUUGAAAUGAAAGUAGUAUCUGGUGGAAAAAUAGCAAUGAAGUAUCUGACUAAAUGGAACAGAACUUGGUUUUGUGUAUGUAUAGGUAGUAAUUCAUUCAGAAAAUUGUUACAAUUCUGUACUGACCAAAACUGGUAUGUACAGGGAGUGAUAAUAAGGCAGUAAUGUCCAAGGUCUGUGCACUUUGCUUCCUAAUUCUUGAGAAGGAAUGGAUUUGGAUCUCGUAGAUGGAAAAAUAGCAAUGACAGAUGACAGUGUAGCAGCAUUUGGGGUUAGCUUUGAUAUAAUUAUUUUUAUUGCAUUUGUGAGACAAGAAGGUAUGGUAAUUUACAUAUGUUGGAUCAAUGAGAUGCAGGACAAGGCCAUCUGCAAAAGUCACUUUGCUCUGCUAUUUACUCUUCUUAGAAAUGAAAUACAGUGCUUUUGGUGCAAGUGGAGAUAUUCUGCUGUGAAGCAGGUUAAAAAAAAGUAAUAAUAAUCUCCAGGAAUUUUAAGUGAGAUCCUUGGAAGCAUACAAUACUCUAUUUUAGUUGCCUUGAACUCACUGAGCCACAGAAUUGUGGGAGCUGCAAGGGGCCUCUGAAGAUCACAUAGUUCAACUCCCAGCUAAAGCAAGUUCUUGGGAGCAGAUUACAAAGUUAAUUGAGAAGGCUCAAAUUUCACAGCACUGAGACAUGAAAGUAUUGUUUGUCUUUGUUGAUUACUUGGUAUCAUUUACAAAGGGAUUUUUUUUUUUAAUCAUCAUUUGAAGCACUUGGCCCUCAGGGCAGCAAUAAUGUAAAUAGCACCCACUCAAGGUUUCUGUACUGAAAGCUGUCUAUGCCUUCAGCAGAGGGCAUAUUCUGCAGUGUGAUUGGGAAAAUAAGCCAGGACCAAGACUUCUGGGUCAAACCAGUCUCCUGAGUUUAUCUUCUUUGCUAGAGGCUAUAAGACACCUUAGUAUUUUCAUUGCUAUAUAUAACACGCAGGAUUUUUCACUGAUUUCUGAAUUUCAUUCAAGGUGGUGGAGAUACUGGUGUGUUUCUCCAGCCAUUGAAAUUAAGAGGUAGCCAGGAAAGAGGAACUUAGCAGGCUCAAAAUUCUACCAAAGAAGCAGUGAUCAAAGCUGCUUUCUGCAAUAAGAGUAACAAUAACCAGUGAGGGAGACCUGUUUGAACUGGCGAUGGGAGUCGAACUGGCGGGUCAGCCUAACAAACGCUUCCAGCAAGUGUUUUAACCAACUAAACUCUGUGAGUUAUGACAGUAUAAUUGUCCAGUUCCACAGCAUUUAAGGUGCUUAUAAAGUAAAAAUGAAACUCGGUGUGUAGCCUAUAAAUGAUGUGAGUGCCCAGCUAUCAGUUCUAUGAACACUGCUUAGUGAGGAGAGGACAGGUGCACCGGUAAAUACCGGUAAGUACUUGUCUAUCUACUAUCACAUUCCACAGGAAUAAAUAUAUAUAUAUUGUUUUUCUAUAUGAAACCUUUUUCCUCUCCUUCACUUACUCUGUAGAGCACAAAAACAGGGUAGGUUGCUUCUUUUCAACUCUGCUGUUGUCACGUAAGUGAAAGAGCAGAAAUAACAUGUGAGUGAGUUCCUGUCUGCCCCAGUUGUAUGGCAAGAGUGGCAAACAACAGAUGUGGUGACAGUUUGCUCUGAUGACAAAUAUGGGCCUGUUCUGGCAGCAGCACACAACAUCUUUAAACCCAAUACCUCAUUUUAUCCAGGUGGAAUUAGCAAUGGGCAGCCAUGGUCACCCCAAAGGAGAAAAAGAGUGGAGGAGGGUCAAAUUGUCAGCAUCUACUGCAUCUUGAGUGUCAGAAAAUAAUUUGUAAAAUGGCUUUGUAUGAAAAUUACUGAGAAGGCGUGGUAAAGGGGAGUGUAAGUGGAAAAGGCUUCUUGCACUUUUUGGUUCUAAAGUUGCUGAGUUAUUUUAUCAGAAAGUCUCCUGAAUUAAACUCAGGCUUGCUGUUUGCUCCAAUUAAAAUUAUCAAUGCUAUAUGGGAAAUUAUGUGUGCAAAAAUAUUGUGUAUACCAAAGAUGCAAGUUAGAGCAUUUAACUUUUAAGAAGAAUUUUACUUUAAGUCUAAAUAUUAGACUAGAAAAACAUCCAGCCCCAAAAUUACCCUAUUACUGAGUUGUUGUUUUGUGUGAAAUCAUAAGUUCAUCACAAAUAAUGUUGUCAUAACGUUCCAUAAUUCCCAUUGCCCUCUUUAUUUUCUGAGUUGGAUGAAUGCUUUGAAAAUAGGAAAAUGGCUUAUUCUUAAAUUCAUGCUGUUUUCCCCCCCUUAAUUUUUUAAAGGAAUUUGAUGUUUUACAUAUCCUUCCUUUGUGCCUCCCACCAUUGUAUGUUUCUGCAUGUCCAAUACUAAAACUCAUUCAAACAGCUGAUGCCUAUGUACAUAGUGUAUGUGUAUGAAUGUAUAUGUUUAUAAGUCUAAAUACUUAUGUACAGUGUAUAUAAAGUGUGUAGUGUAUGUAAAUAUGUACAUAUAUGUUCAUAUAUGUUCAAAUAUUCCUGAUGUUCUUUGUUAAAACUUUGGUUUUUUUUGUUCAGAGCUACUUAAUUUUCAUUUCUUAGCCCAAACUAAGCCUGGCUUAAAGCAGGUGAACACCCAUGAAUUUCAGAGCUUUGCCCCUUUUUCUAAUCCCAGCUUGAGGUUGCUAUUUUCUCUUCAGUACUCAAAUUCAGUGAAGCUUCUAGCUUUUUCGUUAUUCUCUUCACCUUCUCUCAUUUGAUGGGUGAAGUGAGCCAGUAAAGAGUUGGUAGAACCUGAAAUAGCUGUGAAAAAUAAAUGUAUUAAAAAAAAAAAAAACAAAAAACAAAAAAACAAAA